AUGGAGGAACUCCAAAGCGAAUUCGAAAAAAUGAAAAUAAAGUCAGACGCCGAGGAAGAAGAACAGGAAGGAGAAGAAUCUGGACAGGAAAAAAUAUCCCAAAGAAAGCUCAGAUACUUAAAAAUGAAAGAUAAGAAGGAAGAAAAAAAGCGAAAGAAGCAAGGCACGAAAGGUGCAGGUAAUAAAAACGUCGUAGAGAAUAAUAGCAAAGUUAAAAGUAAUGACUCCAAGGAUGAACAGAAAAAUGGCGACACUACUCGAGAUGACGAAAAUGCAAAUGACGUUUCGAAUAAUUUAAAUGAAAAUAAUGAGGAGGAUCACAACGCUCUGUCAGAAAGUCCCCUGAGAAAUAAGGAAACGAAAUAUGAGCCCGUCCUCGUGGAUUACUGUAAAGUUUGCGGCAUGCCCUACGAAUACUGCGAGUACGGAAACUCCUUCAGUCAGUGCAAGGAGGAGAACAAGGAGAAGUACAACUAUGACAUUGUAAAGGGAGACGGGGAAAUGAGCAACAUGCGACAGUCGAAGAAGACCCCGCAGAAUACGACUGAAAAAAUUACCAUACAAAAGAUCACGCGGGCACGAAAAAAAGUUGUUAUCGUUGUCGUGGGGUUACAUACGUAUGUCAAAUUGGACAAAAUGGCAAAAAUAUUUUCGCGCUUCUAUGCGUGCGGGGCGUCGGUUAUCAAGGGGACAAAUGGGGCCCCUGACCAGAUAGACAUACAGGGAAAUGUAGAACAUAACAUUGUCGAAGUCAUAAUGAAGAACUGCCCCGAAAUUCCAGAAGGCGUCUUCGUAACGUUGCCCCCCAAGUAG